UUCAAGCCGCGUCGAAUGGUACCUAAAUCGACGUCCUACGACAUUUUUACGUACAGCUAUGCGUUGCGGCAGUCCAUGCAGCGGUAGACUGGCUUUUCCCCUAUUUUACAUAAAUUCAAUAAUUUUUCCUCUCUCAUUCCCUUUUUCUUUUCAAUUUUUCCACUUUCUCCUCUCGACAGACUAGAGAGAAACGAGAACCGUCAACUUCCGCCUAAUACUCCCACAAACAAAAAAAAAUUUUUUUCAUCAUCAAAAGCAUUGUUUUGUCUAUGUUUGUUUUAUUCAUUUUCUCCCUAUAUACAAGUCCAUCUAAAAAAAUAAAAAAAAGAAAAAUAUAUUUUCAAUUCAAUUCUACUCAUAGCGCCGUAAAAUAUUUUUUUUUCUUUUUUCUAUUGCUUUAUAAAAAAACUUUUUUUUACAUUUGCCAAAAACUUUGUGGCGCUUUUAUACACGCAAAAGUUGAAAAGCCAAAAAGGAGGGGGAAUAGAAAAAAACUUUUUUUUGCCUUCAUUUGUGGAACUUUUUUUAUUAGUUUUUUGUUUGUUUAUGACGAAUUUUAAAUUAAAAAUAUUUUUCUAUCCAAUAAAAUUACAAAUUGAUUCC